UCAAUUUUGUCCAUCACUUAAAACAGCGGCAUUUCUUGUAAACGGCAUAAAAACUACAAAUUUUUAUUUAAAGUGGCCUAAAAGCAGUCAAAAAUGUCUUUCAUGAACCCCGUGGACAUGGUGGAUGAAGACGCUGCCGACCUGCAGUUUCCCAAAGUUGAGCCUUUGGGGGAACAUCGGUUCGCACUUGCCCGUCAAGAUGGGAACACCAGGACCAACACGGUUUUGUAUAGGCCGCACUCAUUGCACCGGCAACUAGAGCAGCUGGAGGAAAUGGCGCGGGAUGAGAACAGCAGGGCUCCGUUGGCUUCAAGUGACUCCAGCCGCUGUGCCACGUGUCGUGUCAACCUAGCAGAGCCCUACAUCAAGUGUUCCGAGUGCCUGGACACCGUGCUCUGUCUGCAGUGCUUCUCGCGCGGAAGAGAGGUGUCCUCGCAUCGCAAUAACCACGCCUACAUCAUAGUCCGCGACAGCAUCCAGGUUUUCGCCGAGGAGCCACAUUGGACGGCCCGCGAUGAGCGCAUCCUGCUUAAAACAUUACGCACACAAGGCUAUGGCAACUGGGAGGCAGUAUCCCGCGCUCUCGACCAACGACAUGAUCCUUCGGAAGUGCAACGCCACUACCACGAUUGCUAUUUUGGCGGAAUCUUUGAGCGCUUGCUUAAACUCCAGCAUGCGAGACACUGCUACUUUCCCGAGAGAAUGCCGUAUGUCUUCAAAAUGCGAAGUUUAGAUCCACCGCGCCACGAUGACAUCGCUUCCAUGCAGUUUAAGCUGAGUGCCGGCUAUCGCUGCGCAAGAGGAGACUUUGACACUCCUUAUGACACCUCCGCCGAAAGUCUUUUGUCUAUUAUGGUGGAUCACAGAGGCAGGGAUGAGGAUCAGGAGGCGGUAAAGAGUAAAGCGAAACAGGAGCUAACAGAAGAACUGCAGCUGGGAGUGGUUCGGGCAUACAACAAUCGUCUUAGAGAACGUCAACGUCGUUAUAAAAUCAUGCGACAGCACGGCCUCAUCAUGCCCAAUCGCACAGUCAGCUGGAUUUCCAAGUAUGUGCACGCCUUUAGCAGCGAUGCCAGUUGUAUGCGUUUCCUGGGAUUCAUGCAGAUCUGUCCAGAUCCUAUUCAAUUUGAUCUUCUACUGGAAUCCCUGCGCUAUUGCCGUGAACUGCACACCCGACUACAUAAGCUUUACGAUCUGCGACAGCACGGCGUGCGCACUCACUCUGGAGCCAAACUAUAUACUCGCCUAUUAAAGGAGCGUCAGCAGGUUCAGCGGGAUUACGGGAGGCAGAAGCACAUGGAUGCCUUCGACUGGCAGCAUUUGGUGCAGCACUACGAGAUCAACAGGAACGGAGAGCAGUUGCCGCUGGGGAUUAGUUCAAAGUUGUAUGCCCUAAACACACGCCGAAAGGCCAGUCCAAUUGAGAUUGGAGAUCUGCCUGGUUACUCCAAGCUCGAUGAAGGCGAGCGAAAGCUGUGCAGUGUGGCUCGCCUAGUUCCACAAUCGUAUCUGGACUACAAGAGUCAAUUAGUUACGGAGCACGCUAAGCUCGGAUAUCUGCGUCUAGCCGAUGCGCGACGGCUCAUUAAAAUAGACGUGAACAAAACACGUCAGAUCUACGAUUUCCUGUUAGAACACGGCCACAUUAGCAGGCCGCCAUCCUACGGCUAGCUCUUAAUUUCUCUCCAAAGUUUCACUU